AGCAUCGACGUGCGCGCGACAGGACUGUUAACGACUUUCUACCUCACGAAACGUCGCGUCCUCCCGUAAACUGGAAACAUUCAAAGUGUGUGUGAACUCGUCCAAGUUCAACUAUUAAACAAUAAAAGCUGACGGGCUGUUUAAAACUCGUUUCCAAAUGUCCAUGUUUGUUUCCCAGCAAUUCGGAGUUUUGAACAUCUGCGGGUUUUGAGCGCCUCUCUUCUUCGUUUCAUUCGAGAUGGCAAAUGCUUGGACUUUAUAUCCUUGAACGUCACAGUUUACAAGACACUGAGUCACUGUCAAGUCGGUGCGGAGCAUGUGGGCCAGCUGCUGCGGCUGGCUCUGUCUGGAUGAUUCCAGUAUGGAAGACACCAGAGGAAGCCAACAGCGCCAGGCCUUCACGAACUCAGGCUUUAGCAGUUACCCAUCUCCCACUGCACCAGAACACACGUGCAAGUCCUGUGGAGGCCGCUUCGACAGUCUCACCAGGAAGCACGUGUGCAUGGACUGCAAGAAGAGCUACUGCAGCCAGUGCUCCACUCAGCAGGAGCUCCAGCCGUGGCUGUGCCGCACCUGCCAGCGUUUCCGCGGCAUCUUGUUUGAGCGAGCAGAACUGAUGAAGCUCAAGGUGAAGGAUCUCAGGGACUACCUUCACCUGCACGGCGUCCCGACGCAGAUGUGCCGUGAGAAAGAGGAGCUGGUCGAGCUGGUUCUUGGCCAGCAGACGCCCACAUCUGACACGCACAUUCCAGCCCCAGAAACAACACGCUUAGACCAGCAGGAGACCCUUGACACUCCCGUCAUUACAGUGAGCCCAUCAGGGAACAACAACACAACAGAACUGGGACCACAGACACAAGCCAUGGAAAAUGGACAGAGCUUGGCUGAGGUGACAGCUGAGAGUGAGAUGGACAAUGAAAAUCUGCAGAUGGAGCAGGAGCAGUUUUCAGACUCUGAGGAAGUUUUGGCUCCUGGCCGACGGGCGUCUCUCUCAGACCUCAGAUCAGUGGAGGAUAUCGAGGAUUUAAGUGUCCGGCAGUUGAAGGAGAUUCUAGCCCGAAACUUUGUCGACUACAAGGGCUGCUGUGAGAAAUGGGAGUUGAUGGAGAGGGUCACGCGCCUGUACAACGAUCAGAAGGACCUGCAAAACAUGGUGUCUAACGCUACAGAAGGCACAGACACUGGCUCUGGGACAGCCGUGGAGGAGAACCUCUGUAAGAUCUGUAUGGACUCACCCAUCGACUGUGUUCUUCUGGAGUGCGGACACAUGGUCACGUGCACAAAGUGUGGCAAACGCAUGAGCGAAUGCCCCAUCUGCCGACAGUACGUGGUGCGGGCAGUGCACGUGUUCAGAUCCUGAACAACAUUUUCCAUUCUCAAAGAUCUUCCCCUGAUCAACAGAUACUGUAGAAAACCAUCAUGUGGCCUUUAAAUCUUGCACAGUUUAUCCUGUGGCACUUUAUAUAUAUGAUAAUGACUGAGACGCGCAAAUCUCAAACCAAUAACUGCGCUGGUUUUACUUUCAUUUCUUUAAAGUGCUUCUUCUGGAUAUUUUGAAGAGGAAGAAGCUUUGUUUGGAUUCAUGGGAUCACAUGUUUGUUAGAUGACAAAAAUCAGUGCAGUUCUGCUAUUGGUAGGAUCAUAUGAAUGUUAUAAGCACAGAUAGCAUCUUCAGAAAGUGCCUUGCAUGUCACUGCCCUGCUGCUUUUUAAUACACCCGUUUAUCAAGCACUCCAUUUUAAACUAACCUUUUUCUUUUAGACCCCAAAUACUGGCGCUCGGGUUGAAUCUAUCCAAGCUGACGUGGUGAAAAUGGUGGCAGGAAUUAGACCUGCUACACCAGUCUUGUGAGAUUUGAAAUCACAUGAGCAACAGCAGGUAGUUGAAACUGCUGACAACAGUGUUUGAGAGGGACACAGUUGAAAUGUGUAAGACACGACUUUUUGAUGAAUCUCGCAAAACAUCUGCUCUCAAAAUAUGAUCAAAAUAAUGUUUGAAUGCAGAAGAAUAUGAUUGAAUAGUUUUAAUUUUCUAUAUAUAAGAGAACAGUGCUAUCAAACUCUAAGGUUUAAUAGUAAACAGACAACUUAUUCAACCCUUCGGUCCUCACUGGGUUGUCAAAAGGUUUGUUAGUUUGUCACAGAUCAUUUUUUGACCAUUAAAGCCUUGGUCAGGUAGCAAAAGCAGGUUACUGUUUUCACAAAAAUUGUACAAAUGUUAUUUGUGAAUCGUAGGCAAUGUUUCGGCAAUUUCUGGCCUCAUCAGGUAGGCGAAAUAUUUGUUCAAAUUGAGCAAACAAUAUUUAAAUCGCUUCAGUCUUUGUUAGGUCGUUGAAAUGUUUAUUGUACUCGUGUUUUGAUCCUUUCAAUCCUCUUUGAGUUUUAAAAACAUUGUUAAUCAUAGAUUAAAACAAACUAUAUUUCAACCUUUUCAGUCUUCGUCGGAUAGCUGACGCAAUCUUCUGACCCUUUACUGUUCAUUGUGUAGUAAAGACAUUGUUAUUCUCACACACAUUAUUUUUAUCAGGUAUAUAAAGGGUUAGUUCACCUAAAAA